CCAAAUUCGAAGAAAUUCUUCCUAUGUUGCCCGUUUUGCCCAAACACCACCGUCUCCGCUCUUCUCCCACGCGGUACACAUUCCGUUUCCCCUCCUCUCCGCUCCCCCACCUACCCUGCCCAGCAGCACCAGCGACGGCAAACCCACCGAUGGACGCAACCGACCGCCGCCUCCGCGCCGUUUCCGCCCACCUCCAGCCCCAAGCAACCGCCGCCCGCCGCACCUCCGAUAGCCUCGCCCCCAAUCCCACCGCAGGGGAGUACGCCCACGUGCUUGGCUACAGCGCUGUCCUCCCCGAGAAGUUGCAGACUGGAAAGUGGAACGUGUACCGAUCUGCACAUUCACCUAUAACGCUGAUAGAUAGAUUUUCAGACUACCCAGACAUUGGGACGUUGCACGAUAACUUUGUGAAUGCAGUUGAGACUUUCAGAGACUGUAGAUACCUAGGUACAAGGGUCCAUUCAGAUGGAACAAUUGGAGACUACAAAUGGAUGACUUAUGGAGAAGCUGGCACAAGCAGGGCUGCAAUAGGUUCUGGUCUUAUUUGUCAUGGAAUACCUAAAGGCGCACGUGUUGGUCUGUAUUUUAUAAACAGACCUGAGUGGACCAUAGUUGACAAUGCUUGUUCUGCGUAUUCAUAUGUUUCUGUGCCACUAUAUGAUACUCUUGGUCCAGAUGCAGUUCAGUUCAUUGUGAAUCAUGCAUCAGUAGAGGCUAUCUUCUGUGUUCCUGAAACACUAAGAACUUUGUUAAGCUUUAUAACUCAAAUGCCUUGUGUGCGCCUUAUCGUGGUAGUUGGUGGAGUCGAUGAGAAUAUGCCAUCUUCACCUGCAGCUGCUGGAAUGGAAAUCAUAACCUACUCCAUGCUACACAGACAGGGACAUAUGAGUCCCCAACCCUUUCGGCCUCCAAAACCUGAAGAUGUUGCCACUAUCUGCUACACUAGUGGCACUACUGGCACACCAAAGGGAGCUGUUCUUUCUCAUGCGAAUUUCAUUGCAAAUGUAGCAGGCCAGGACUUGGGCGUUAAGUUUUACCCCUCGGACGUGUACAUCUCAUAUCUACCUUUGGCACACAUCUACGAGAGAACUAACCAAAUAUGGCUCGUUCAUCGCGGUGCUGCCGUUGGGUUCUACCAAGGGGAUAAUUUGAAGCUGAUGGAUGACCUUAAUACUCUGAAACCAACAGUAUUUGCGAGUGUUCCCCGGUUAUAUAACAAAAUUUAUGCUGCAAUUACAAAUGCUGUGAAGGAGUCUGGUGGGUUGAAAGAACGAUUAUUUCAUGCUGCAUAUAAUGCUAAGAGGCAAGCUAUUAUUAAUGGACGGAAUCCAUCCCCAGUGUGGGAUAAGCUGGUAUUUAACAAAAUAAAAGCUAGGCUGGGUGGACGAGUAAGGGUUAUGUCUUCAGGUGCUUCUCCAUUGUCGCCAGAUGUAAUGGAAUUCCUCAGAAUAUGCUUUGGUGGUGAUAUUCUUGAAGGCUACGGAAUGACGGAAACAUCUUGUGUCAUUACUUUAAUGGAUGUUGGUGAUAUAUCAAUUGGUCAUGUUGGAUCUCCCAAUCCUGCUUGUGAGGUUAAACUUGUGGAUGUCCCUGAAAUGAACUACACAUCUGAGGAUCAACCAUACCCUCGUGGAGAAAUAUGUGCCCGGGGACCUAUAAUAUUCCAGGGUUACUAUAAAGAUGAAGUUCAAACCAGAGAGGUCAUUGAUGAGGAUAGUUGGUUGCAUACUGGGGACAUAGGUUUGUGGCUGCCUGGAGGGCGCCUAAAGAUUAUAGACAGUCUGGCUUCUCUUCCUAAAUUACUAUUUUUAUAUCUCCGUACCUCAAGGAAAAAGAACAUUUUCAAGUUAGCUCAAGGAGAAUACAUAGCUCCGGAGAAGAUCGAGAAUGUUUAUGCCAAGUGCAAGUUCAUUGCCCAGUGCUUUGUAUAUGGCGAUAGCUUUAAUUCUUGCCUAGUUGCCGUUGUAGCAGUUGAGCCAGAGGUGUUGAAGAGUUGGGCUGCAUUAGAAGGAAUCCAGUAUGAGGAUUUAAGACAGCUCUGUUCUGAUCCUAGAGCAAGAGCUGCUGUGCUGGCUGACAUGGAUUCUAUUGGGAAGGAAGCACAGCUAAGAGGUUUUGAGUUUGUCAAAGCUGUUACUCUUGUUGCUGAACCAUUCACACUAGAAAAUGGCCUCCUCACCCCAACAUUCAAGGUCAAAAGACCGCAAGCAAAGGCGUAUUUUGCAAAAGAAAUCACAACUAUGUAUGCACAACUGCUUGAUGCAGAGUCAGCCAGGCCCAAGUUGUAAUUACACAAGUAUUGGUCAAAAUAAGCAGUCAAUCAAGGAACCAAAACUAAUCUUUCCAAUCAACAACAGCCUGGGACAGUGCUUGGUGCAGUUAAUUUGAUUGCUGUGGUCAAGUAUAACUGAAUGAGCCCAGCAUAUGCAUUUUCUUAACUUAUUUUCCCUUUUUUUUUUACAGUACACGCAUGUAAUCCUGCCGUUGUAAAGAUACAUAGAGUAACAUAUUGGUGACCUAAUCUUGACCUGUUGUAUGUGCAAUAUAUUACAAGAAAAGCCAAGUGUACGCAAAA